CGUUUCAAGCUCGGCGUCUCCGCUACAUACAUAGCCGUUCGUCUCAGCUCCUCCUCCUUCCUCCUCUGCCCCGCCUCCCCAGCCUCCACUGCAUCACCACAAUAGCAACGGUGCCAUGGAGAGACGACGCAGAAGCCUGUGCCUAAUAGCGGCGGCGGCGUUCUUGGUUGUAGUCGCAACCGCAAUGCCGUACCCCGGCGAGGCCGCGACGCCGCCGCUGCGGAAGGACUACUACGCCAAGAGCUGCAGCAACCUGGAGGCCAUCGUGCGGGAGGAGGUGGCCAGGAAGAUAAACGAGACGGUGGUCACCAUCCCGGCGACGCUCCGGCUCGUCUUCCACGACUGCAUGGUUGGGGGCUGUGACGCCGCCGUCCUGAUAUCGUCCAAGAAGAACGACGCCGAGAAGGACGCCGAGGACAACGACUCCCUCGCCGGCGACGGCUUCGACACGAUCAACCGAGUCAAGACCGCCGUCGAGAGGAGUUGCCCCGGCGUGGUCUCCUGCGCCGACAUCAUACAACUGGCCGCCAGAGAUGUCGUCUUCCUGGUAAACACCCAGCUGCCUUCAGCAAAAACCAAUCCCCCCUUCACUUCACCGUCCUCACCUGAAUCCCAUCACCUUCAACUGCCGCAGUCGAAAGGCCCCUACUGGUCCGUCGAGCUUGGCCGGCGCGACGGCCUCGUCUCCAGGGCCAGCGACGUCAAGGGCAAGCUGCCCGACCCAAAGAUGCACGUCAAGGAGCUCUCCCCGUUGUUUCAGAGGAGCGGCUUCUCCCCGGAUGACAUGGUCGCGCUCUCGGGCGCGCACACCGUCGGCUUCGCGCACUGCACCCGCUUCCUCAACCGGCUGUACAACUACAGCAGCAGCACGCCGACGGACCCCUCCUUCAACCCCGACUACGCGCAGCAGCUCAAGCAGGCGUGCCCGCCUAACGUCGGCGAGACCAUCGCCGUCAACAUGGACCCUGUGAGCCCCAUCACCUUCGACAACAACUACUACACCAACCUCCAGUACGGGCUGGGGCUCUUCACCUCCGACCAGGUGCUGUACACAGAUGGUGCGACCAAGAACAUCGUAGACAGGUUCGCCGGGAACCAGAAGGAGUUCUUUGAUGCUUUUGUUGCCGCCAUGAUCAAGCUCGGGAGGUUGGGAGUGAAGACCGGAAACGAUGGGGAAAUCAGAAAAGUCUGCACUGCCUUCAACCACUAGAGGGCCUGCAGCAGCAAAUGUAAUUCAGAUUUUCUGAUGCUGUUUGGAGUUGAGAUACAUAUACUGAGAUUGAUUCUUUUUUGCAUACAGUUGCCAAAGUUUGAAGGUGCUCUUUCUUUCUUUUCUUUUCUUUGGGUGCAUUUUUGUACAGACUGAAGAGUGUAAUACCAUGAACAACUUGAGGAUACUUACUUGAAAAGGUUAAUUUGAUGAUAGGGCUAACAAGAGAAA